UGUGCUUUUAAAUUGAAUACUACAUACAAAAUGCCGAUUCAAAUGACAAAUAGUCUGACGUUAGUGAAGACGAUACUAAUAUCGGUGAUUGCGUUGAGUAUAAUCGGAUCAAUUGCCCAAUUGGUGGCCGCACUCUUCGCGGUGGGCGCCUCUCAAGAUGUCGGCAAUCUUAAGGAUCAAAGCCUUAUGGAAUUGGGCGCAAUUAUUAUGUUAAUAAUGGCAUUGAUUUGCUUUACGUUUGAAUUGAUUGGCAUUUUGGGUGUAUUAAAGGGCAAUCUGGCGGUGAUGUCGGUCUUCGCUGUAGUGAUGACUUUGGCCACAAUCAUCAGUUGCUUCACCGGUUCGGGUGGUCUCAAGUUUCUCAUCAUUUUGCUUAACCUUACAAUGACUGCUCUUUCAUGUAUUUAUCUCUACCUCUGCGUCAGGCGAAAAGAAAUGGAGGAAAUUAGACAAAGAAAUUCAAUGUCUAUUUCGGUGAUCAACGAUAUGAACGAUGGCUUAAUGAAUAAUCACCACAACGGGAACAGCAGGAAAAUAAGUUCAUAAACUCGUUAUUAAUAACACAACAAAACAAACGAUUUGUUAUUUCAAUGUUUG